AUGUCGCACCCGCAACCACCUCAAAGACAGCCCACGCCCUCUGAAACGGAGAGCUACCUCCGCGCAGUCCACUAUGUCGCGCUUACUGCGCUCGUUGCAUGCCCUGCGCUCGCUCUCAUCCCACCACGCAAGUUCGAUCUCUAUACGUUAGGCCUAGUCGGUACGACCGCCAUCUCUGCCAACUACCUUACUCGCGAACAGACGGGGCGGUCGAUAUGGCAGCAUGUCUCUGGCCAACGGAAGCCGGUCCUUGGAUCGUUGCCACCCACCGAGCAAGCGAACCUCAACCGGGAGCUACACCAUGCGCAGGCCUGGAAAGCACAGCGGGAGAAGGAAAUACAAGAUGAUCUAGAUGUAGGCAAGGGCUUCGGCGAGAUGAUCACAGAUCAGAUAUGGGAGGUUUGGAAUGGUGGCAAGAAGACGAGCGAAGACGGCACGGAUGAUGAGCGUUGA